AUGCGACUAACCGGUGUGUCAAACCGUAGUCUUCAUUAUUUUUCUUCCCCGCCGCCGCCUCCUAUCUCGCCAACCCUCAGUCGCGAUCAUGUCCCGCACGUCACCAUCAUCCGCCCUGUGAAGGGCCUGGAGCCCGAGCUCUACGAGUGCAUCGCCUCGACCUUUCGCCAGGAUUACCCCGCCGACAAGCUCACCAUCUACCUUUGCGUAGCCGAGCCUGAUGACCCCGCCUAUCCCGUCCUGAAAAGGAUCGUCAAAGACUUCCCGCAGUUUGAUGCUCGCGUAUUCGUCGAGGCCGAAGAUCCCUUGCUUCACGGCGCCGACGGCCAUGUUAACAACCUUGGUCCAAAUCCAAAGAUUAGAAACAUCAGCCGCGCUUACCGCGAGGCCAAAGGCGAUAUCAUUUGGAUCAUUGACUGCAAUGUCUGGAUUCCUCGUGUCACCACUGGCCACAUGGUCGACAAACUCAUAGGCCUCGGGCCAGACGGCCAGCUCGUGAAACCCUACAAGUUCGUGCACCAGAUUCCGCUCGUCGUCGAUAUCACCCCGGAGCUUGGUGGUCGCGCUCCUUCCGACGCGCGCAUCCCCUGCUUGAGCGAAUCCUGGCUUCAGCGCCUCUUGAAGCAUGGCGGUGGGCGACUUGAUGAGAUGUUCAUGUCGACAACUCACGCCAAAUUCUACAGCGCCAUCAACACCGUCGGCGUUGCGCCUUGCAUUGUAGGCAAGAGUAACAUGUUUAGAAAGUCGCAGCUGGAUACCCUUACCGACCCGAGCCAGAACCCGAACCUGCCCCAAGGCCGUGACCACCCUACCGGCAUCGACUACUUCUCCUCGUAUAUCUGCGAAGACCACCUGAUUGGGGAUCUGCUAUGGAGGUCAAAAUUCCCGGCUUCGCCAAUCACGGCUUCGUUUUGGGUGAUUUUGCCAUUCAGCCCAUGGAUCGUAUGUCUGUCUCUGCUUACGCUGCUCGCCGAGUUCGAUGGCUUCGCGCGCGCAAGUGGACUGUGCUCCUGGCAACACUCGUUGAGCCCGGCGUAG